GAACCGUAAGAAGGACAGCUUGAGAUAAAUAACUGUCCGCUCAAACAAUACCGUCACUGCUGAAAUAGGUUCAAAGAGUUAUGAAUUAAAGAGACAGUUUGUUUGUUUUCUAAUACAAAUGAAAACUAAUAACUAGCUAGAACCUUUAACUUUUAAGAGCAAAUUCCUCUCCGUCGGUUACAUUGAGAAGCACCCAGCUGUCCCCUCCAAGGACACCAUUUUUUUUAGGAAGGGGGUUUGCUUGUUAGUUUGUGUACUUAGAUACUCAUUUCAAAACCCCGCAAACAACGUUGAGCCGGUUGUAGUAGUAUCUGUACACACCGAGGAGGAGGAGGAGGAGGAGGAGUAGUAGGAGGAGGAGGGGGCGCGCGGCUGGGCACAAAGAGCGCUGAGCAUCCAGAGAGAGGAGGCUGGCGGACGGAGAGGAGAGGAGAGGACAACAACGGGGACCUAACGGAGAGCAUCCUCGAUCCAUUUCUGCUCCACGCUCACUCCAUCAGUGUUAUUGAUUAAAGGAAUCUCUAACACCGUUCAUCGACCCCCCUCCAAAAAAAAGGACUUGUCCAGCAACAGCUGCUCCUCUCCACAAAUACCUGCUCCUGAUCUGUUCACCCCCACCCUCAGCCCCAGCAGCCAUCACCUCCACUUUGUACCCAUGAAGGAAGCCGACGCCAUCAAGUUGUUCGUGGGGCAGAUUCCUCGGAAUCUGGAGGAGAAGGACCUCAAACCCAUUUUCGAGCAGUUUGGCAAGAUCUACGAGCUGACGGUGAUUAAGGAUAAAUACACUGGGAUGCACAAAGGAUGCGCGUUUCUGACGUACUGCGCAAGAGAGUCAGCCCUGAAAGCCCAGAGCGCUCUCCAUGAGCAGAAAACACUACCAGGGAUGAAUCGCCCAAUCCAGGUCAAACCGGCUGACAGUGAAGGACGAGGAGAGGACAGAAAGCUGUUUGUGGGCAUGCUUGGGAAGCAGCAGAGUGAUGAAGAUGUCAGAAGGCUGUUUGAGCCCUUUGGCAGCAUAGAGGAGUGCACUGUUUUAAGAGGACCAGAUGGAACAAGCAAAGGGUGUGCUUUUGUUAAGUUCCAGGGACAUGCCGAAGCCCAAGCAGCAAUCAACAGCUUGCACGGGAGCCGUACAAUGCCUGGGGCAUCAUCCAGUCUGGUGGUGAAGUUUGCCGACACGGAGAAGGAGCGGGGGCUAAGGAGGAUGCAGCAAGUGGCCUCUCAGCUCGGCAUCUUCAGCCCUAUGACCCUUAACUUUCCUGCCUACAAUGCCUACACGCAGGCGGUCAACGCACAGCUUGUCCAACAGCAGGCCCUGGUCGCCCAGUCAGCGUACUUGUCUCCUGUAGCAACAGUUGCUGCAGUACAGAUGCAGCAGAUGGCGGCACUCAAUGCCAACGGAAUCAUCGCAACACCCAUUACACCCAUUACACCGUCCUCGGGUACAAACACUCCACCAACUAUAGCAGCGACACCUGUGACAGCUAUCCCCCCACCAAUGGGAGUAAAUGGUUACAGCAGUGUGCCAGCCCCCACCAAUGGACAGCAAACAGAAGCACUGUAUACCAAUGGGGUUCACCCAUACCAAGCCCAGAGUCCAGCUGCAGCUCUGGAUCCUCUUCAGCAAGCCUAUGCAGGCAUGCAGCACUACACAGCGGCGUACCCUGCUGCUUACGGAUUGGUUGGGCAGCCGUUUCCCCAGCAGCCAACACUGGUUGCUCAGCAACACCAGCAGCCCCAGCAACAGCAGCAAAGAGAAGGUCCAGAAGGGUGUAACAUCUUCAUCUACCACCUGCCACAAGAGUUCAGUGACUCUGAGAUGCUGCAGAUGUUCCUGCCCUUUGGCAAUGUCAUAUCGGCUAAAGUGUUUGUGGACCGAGCCACCAACCAGAGCAAAUGUUUCGGAUUUGUGAGUUUUGACAACCCUGCCAGCGCACAGGCCGCUAUCCAGGCAAUGAAUGGCUUUCAGAUCGGAAUGAAAAGACUCAAAGUGCAGCUCAAAAGGCCCAAAGACGCCAACCGACCAUACUGAGCAACAAUGGAGAAGAGGAAGAACAAAUAGAGAGGUGACUAAGAGUCCAGCUGAAGGUGAAGGUCCAGGGUUCAUUGUGCUUUCAGACUGUCUUCUACCUGUGAUCGUCUGUGGAGUGCUACGAGACAUACAACACACAACUAACACACACAGACACUAAUAUACACCACAGUACUCUUAAUUUUGAACCUCAAUGCUGAAAUGUAUAUAAAAUGCACAAAGCAAACAGACGCCUGCUAACACUCAGUCAGAACACACAGUUCACACAGGUUACGUAUCCAUACACCCAACAGCUUGGUAUGACCAUAGCGUGUAUGGAAAAGGAUGUUUAGUACAACUAAGAGAACUCAGACCACGUGUAGGAAAGGCACCGAUAAAAAAUGCUGAUAUAUCAGUUCAACAGACUCUUAACAUGUCUAACUACGUGACAAAUAUAGAGGGAUUGAUGUUUCAUAAUAAAAAAAGGAAAUAAAAUAAAAAAAAAGAUGGCUAAAUGAGUAGGUUAGAAAGACUUUGGAAAGGAUCUGAAUGAGCUGUAUAUAGUUAGUUUACAAAGAACAGCAUUUAAAAAAAAAGAAAACGUGCAAAAAGAAAACUACUUUAGAUAAAAACACUGAACAGAACACUGCGACAUAAUUAUUAUUAUUAUUAUCAUUAUUAUUCUUAUUAUUAAUACAACUAGUGACAUCAUCAUUCUUCAUGAAAAAGCUAUUACAUUCCAAAUUGUAAAAUGGGGGG